GCAUCGUGUCGCGUGUCGAUCGACGACAACGUUGUCGUUGUCCUAACGCGCGUCGCCUGGCUGUCGACUCCGAUAUCCUUCGCCCGGUCUCUCAUUGAUAUUCCAAGCUUUUAAGUUCGGUUUUUCCACCGCCUCCAUUUGCAUUUUACAAUACACGCUCGUGCAUUGUAUUUCGUCGCGAUCCAACCUAACUCUUUUGUCGUGUCUCUCAUUCGUAUUCUUUGACCCGUCUUAUGUUAUUUUUCUGGUUGUUAGUAUAAUAUCCGUAUGUCUAUAUAUACCAGUUGUCAGUUGAGUUUCGAAGGACGCGUUUGGGAUGACACAGAAUUUCACUUUUUUUUUUUGUAGAGAACCUCAAUUUUGGUUGAUAAAUAAACAAAUAUUCACAACAAUUGUGUCUGUUUAUUCCGUCGGUAUCAAGGAAUUAUUUCCUCAGUAAAUUUGACGAACUUGAUAAUACUACAAUAAAAUUCUUUAAAAAAUCAAAAUGUUUAUAUGGAAAUGUAAAAAUAUGCUCGAUCAAUUAUAUUUUUUAUCUAUUUUUAGUUCAUUUUAAUAAAUAUAUCUCAUUGUUAGCUGUUGCUUGAAAUGCAUAAUUUGAUUGUUGCGAAAUAGCAAUUUAAACAUCCGUGUUAUUACGUAGCAGUCAAGUGUUAUCACUUCCUUCGAAAUAUGUUCAAUGUUGAAGUCAUUAUUCCCGAAACAUUAUCAAGUAUGAUUUGCGUCAUACAGUUUUUUCCUGUCAGACACGCAUGUACAUACGUUUUUUUCGCUCGGUUUUCGUCGCAAUUCCAAUAUUUAAAUUUAUAAAAUAUGCGCAUUUUUUUUUUCGCAAAAUUCCCAAAUGUCGCGAGGGCACGUCGGAAACAGCUGCCAAGCUCCCCUCUCCUUUAAUCCUCACUGAUUUUCUUCCGCGCAAGUACACGUUCGGGCAUGACACACUUUCCCAACGCAGCCGCUCCUGGUACACGUCGUCAGCGCUAAUAUAAUUCCGUUAGGCAGUCGAGACGCGGCAGUCUUCGUGUGUUUUUACGCAGGUUCGGUUCGGUUGAGCUUGUCCUUACGGCCCAGAAAAAAAUGAGUGAUCGCACCGUAGUGAUAGUGUCCGCUGUUAGGACACCCAUAGGGUCGUUUUGCGGAUCCUUAUCUUCAUUGAAAGCAUCAGAGCUGGGAAGUAUCGUUAUUAAGGAAAGUCUGGCAAGAGCUGGACUGAAAGGAUCAGAUGUUUCUGAAGUUAUUAUGGGACAGGUACUCACUGCAACUGAAGGUCAAAAUCCUGCAAGACAAGCAGCAAUACGUGCUGGCAUACCUAUUCAUGUACCUGCUUAUCAAACAAAUAUGCUGUGCGGUUCUGGUUUAAAGUCCGUAAUGUCUAGUUACUGCGCUAUAAAGUCAGGGGAAAGCGAGAUAAUUGUGGCCGGUGGUCAGGAAAAUAUGAGCAGAGCACCGCAUGCCUUUUAUCUCAGGACUGGUGUGAAAUUUGGAAAUUGCAAUUCAAUUGAUACACUAUUGGACGACGGUCUAACAGAUGCCUUCAAUAAUAUCCACAUGGGAGUGACAGCCGAGAAUGUUGCUAAAAAGUACGAUGUAAGCAGACAGGAACAGGAUCAUUACGCGAGCAGAUCUCAACUGAAGGCAGAGAUUGCUAUCGACGCUGGACAUUUUGACAAGGAAAUUGUUCCAGUAAUCGUCACAAGCAAAAAGGAAUCUGUCACUGUAUAUAAAGAUGAAUAUCCGAAAUUCGGAACGACCGUGGAGAAACUUGCAAAGUUAAAACCAGCAUUUGAAUCGAAUGGUACAGUUACUGCCGGCAAUGCAUCCGGUAUAAACGAUGGUGCGGCUGCCGUGGUGCUCAUGUCCGAAGAAACUGCUGCAAAUAGAGGGAUCGCGCCGUUAGCCAGUAUUGUUGCAUUUGCACAGGUCGGAGUUGAACCCAAAAUUAUGGGCAUUGGACCUAUCGAUGCUGUUAAAUUAGUCUUGAAGAAAGCGAACUGGACAAAAGAAGAAGUGGAUAUUUACGAGCUAAAUGAGGCCUUCGCCUCUCAAGCGAUCGUGUGUAUUAAAGAACUCGAAUUAGAUCCCGAGAAAGUUAAUGUAAACGGCGGUGCUAUCGCCUUAGGUCAUCCUGUUGGCGCGUCAGGCACAAGAAUAUUGGUCACUCUGUUACAUAUUUUGGAAAGGACAGGAAAGAAAAAGGGUGUCGCGACUUUGUGCAUAGGAGGGGGAAUGGGCAUCGCCAUUGCUGUUGAAAAGAAAUAACGAAUGUCUUCUCUAUUUAUAUAUAUAUCUUAUAUCAAAUAUGUUAUAUUUUUAUUAAAGCGUUUCUCGCUAAAAAUGGCCUUCCUCUUAUGUUAUACAGUUAUACUGAAUAAAGGGAUAUUUAUUACUA